AUGAGAAAAAAUCCAUCCUCUUCUUUCGACCCUUCGAAAGCGAUAAACCGCGCGGAUGUGAUUUCCGACCCUCGAUUCCAACAGAUGCAAAGCGACCCUCGAUUUAUGACCAUGCGUAACCAGUCGAGAAAAGUGAAAAUCGAUUCCAGGUUUAAGAAGAUGUUCGAGGAUGAAAAUUUUCGCGUCGGCAACCAACGUGGCGGCGGAUUCGAAUCCCAAGGGAGAAAAGUGGACAAAUUCGGGAGGAAAACGAACGGGAGCGGGAAAUCGAGGAAAGAGAUUACGAGGGAAGGGUUAGAAUCGUAUUACGAUUUAGAUGAAGACGAGAAAGAAAAAGAGGAUACCGAGGAAGAGGAUGAAGGGAAACGUGGGAGGAAGAAACCAUCGGGAGUUGAUCGUCGGGAUUUGCCGGAGAUGGACGCCGCGAUGCAGGCGAAACUGGACGCGUCGAGAGAUCGGAUGCGAGGCGUUGGUCUCGAGGAUUCUUCUUCUUCUUCUUCCUCUGACGACGAGGAAGAUAGUAGCGAGAGCGAAACGAGCGACGACGAGGACGACGCGUUGAAAGAAUUCUCGGACGGUGAAGAGCUGUCCGACGAAGGCGUGUUAGCGAGCUACGCGGAAAGAAGGGAAACGGGGCACGAAAGCUCCGUUCCGGAACAAGACGCGACGAAGCGGUUGGCGUUGGUCAAUUGCGAGUGGCAGCAAAUACGAGCGGUUGAUAUUUUAACCAUUUUGCGCUCCUUUUGUCCGUCGAGUGGAGAAGUGAACAGAGUGACCGUGUACCCGUCUGAUUUUGGUCUCGAGCGAAUGAAAGAGGAAAACGUCAUCGGGCCGAUGGGCGCGGUGGCGAAAAUUAAAAAGAGCAAGUACGGAGGCAGCGAAUUAUCCCAGAAACGUAAGAACAAGAAAAGUCUCUCCGAAUUUGAAUUCGGUAAAGAAGGAAAAGAAAUCGACAACGAACAGUUGAGGCAAUACGAACGCGAUCGAUUGAAAUACUAUUACGCGAUAAUCGAGUGCGACUCUGUUAAAACCGCAAAGUCGGUGUACGAGCAGUGCGACGGAUUAGAGUUUGAACGGUCGUCGGCGCUUUUGGAUUUGCGUUACGUCCCGAAAGACCAAGACUUUUCGAAACGCGAAGUGCGCGAUGUUGCAACGGACACGCCGGAAGAUUACGAGCCUCCUGAAUUUGAAGUGAAAGCCUUACGAAACGCCACCGUGAAAUUGUCCUGGGACGACGCCGAUCCCGCGAGGAAGAAAACAUUCGGUCGGAAAAUUACCGAAGAUAAGUUGAAAGACGACGAUUUUAACGCCUAUUUAGCGUCUGAUUCAGAAGAAGACUCCAGCGAUGACGAAGAAGAAGAGAAGGAGAAGAGGAAGAAAAGUAAGCGCGAAGGGAAGGAAGAGAAGAAGAAAUAUUUAGCCGCGUUGCUCGGGAAAGAUUACAAGAGUAAGACGAGUCGCACAGGCGUCAAGUUGGACGAUAUCGAUAAAGACGACAUGAGUAAAGACCCGAAUGACAACGACGACGAUGAUUUCUUCCUCAACGAGGACGACGACACCUCUGACUCUGAGUCCUCGUCAUCGGAAGAGAUUGAAGACACCGCGUUGGCGUCGACGAAAUACGCCAUGCAAAAGAAGUUCUCAAAUAGAUAUGGGAACAAGUCCGGCAAGAACGGUAAUUCAGGCGACAUGGAAGUCACGUUUCACGCUGGACUAGAAGAUUUCGGUACUAAAAUGAAAAAGAAGAAGAAAGAAGGGACGCUUGGGCAAAAAGAAACCGCCGAGGAGCGACGCGAACGGGAACGCCGAGAGAAGAAGUUGACCGCAAAGAAGAAGAAAGAGAAGGAAAAGAACGGCGAAGAAGAAGAAGAAGAAGGAGAAGAGAAGGAAUUCGCAGCGGGUACGGACGAGGGAGCAAACGGAUUCGACGAUCCAUUCUUUGCGCAAGAGCCAGAUGCAAACUUUGACUUCGAUAGCGUUCGAGAUGACGACGAUACCGUUGACGAAGACAAAAAGAAAUCGAAAAAGAAGAAACGAGGUUCAUUGGACGACGGAGAAGACGGAAAAGCGAAAGCAGAACUCGAGUUGCUCAUGAUGGACGAAAAUGUCAUCUUAGGAAGAGGGGACGCGCAAAGCUUGAAAAAGAACAAGUCUCUCGCGAGGAAAACCAACGAAGGCGAAGAGAAAGUCACGCGUAAAACGAAGAAAGCGAGAUUGGCCGAGAAGCGAAAACUUCGAGGUAAAGCCGCGCGAAGAGCCGAGUCCGACGACGAAAUGGACGACGACAUGGAUGACGAAGGCAAAGCUAAGAAAAGUAUCAACGUUCAAGAUGAACGAUUUGGUGCGCUCUUUGAAAACCACGAAUUUGCACUCGAUCCGACCGAUCCUCGGUACAAAGACGUCGAAUCGAAAGCGCUCAUCGCGAGCGAACGCGAGAAACGUCGCGCGAAGAAAUUGGCAAAACUCGAGAAGAUGCGCAAAGAGAUGCUCAAAAAUGGUGAAAACGUUACCGUGGACGAAGACGACGAUUUUCCUGGGAGUGCUGGUAAGAAGAAAGCAUCAUCUUCUGGAGGCAUCGGAAAGAACGAGUUGGAUUCGAUGAUCCAAAGCCUGAAAAGGAAACAAGCUUUGGCGAUGCAAAAGAAAAAGUAG